UAAUCAAGUCAAGAGCCGACGCCACCCAUUUGCCAUUUCCUCUUCCAUCUUCUUCCUUCUCCGUGCUUUCCAGUUUUCUUAUCUCUCUGCCGUCGACGUCCGCUAGCUAUUCUGAUCUCCACCACCAUUACCAACAGCCACCAUCUCCACUGAUUUGACCGACCUUCCUUCCAUCGGAACCAUCGCAAAUCACCCUCUCCAGGCACUAAUCUCCAUCACAAACCAAUACGAACACCCACCAUUUCCAACCACCGAUUUUACCCACCAUCUUCUCCGCUGUUGUUACCACCGCAAACCGCCAUCCUUCGUCGAUCUCCACCACGUACGAACAACCACCAUCUCCACUAAUUUGACCCUCCUUCCGCCGGAACCACCGCAAACUGUUGUGACCCACAGUCGGGAUAACCCUUUCUUAUUUUAUUAAAAAUAAUGAGCUAAAUUUCUUCAACAUUUAUCUAAGGGAAUUUUUUCAAUCCCUUGAACUGUUCAUUCUCUCCCUCUCUCUUUCCAAUUCGAUCAGAUUGACCAGGGACGAGAUAUCACGAUAAAUUGCUUUACUUUACACUCGAGAUAUCGCUAAUUUCUCGCGAUAUCUCAUCCCAAUAUAUAUAUAUAAAACACAUUAUACAUAUAUAUUAUAUUAUAUUCAUAUAUAAAGCGGUGCAUACGUAUAACAUAUUUGUUGGAUUCUGAAUUCUCAACGGCUUUGGAUUGCUCCACCGCUUCGUUCACCAGGGUGCUUUUGUUUCGGUGGGAGGAGCUUGGGGGACUUCUUUCGUUCUAGGGCUUGUUUCGGGUUCUCUCCGCCCUUGCUCUCUGGCUUUUCAAUUCGCAAGCGGCGUGGUGGAUUUCUGCUGUGUUUCUUGGUGCGUGCACUGCAUUCGCCUCCGAAAUUAGGGUUUUCCUGGGGUUCUGUUUGGCUGGGUUGGCUUGAUCAUCGGCAUUUUGCCCUGUUUUAGCCAUCCCCGGCAGCAACGACUGCGUUGAAGGGAGACCUUUUCAAAUUGGAGGUUCUUAUUUCUGCCAGUAAGAAAUCAGUUCUCUGCUUCUUUGAGGCAUGAGCCUUUUGUUGGCUCUCAGUGCCUCCAGCAAUACAAGUUCCUGGUUUUGAGGUUGCUAUUACUCAUCAGACGUUGAUAUGUUACCUGAGAUAUUGCCUUUGGUAGAAAAUGCUUGCAAUUUCAAGGAAGAAUCAUCAAACAUGGACUCUAUCUGCACUGUUGAAAAAUUGUCAAAUUCUCUGCAAUCGUGCGAGCCUUUCUCUGUCACUGAUAACAAUCCUUGUAAAAGCCUAGCUGUGCCAGAUAUCUCAGGUGCUGAUAGUCUUGUUGGUCCUUUUGACUUUAUCAGCAUGGUUGAACCUUCUGGCAAUAGAGAUGAUGAAGGAAAAGAUGAAGUUAAAUUUGAUGAUUCUUCUAAAAUUAAUUGGUCUGAGACUAUAUGUUCAUCUCCUUCAAACAGGAGUGUUCACUUGAGUAAAUCAGACCAGAAGACAGAGACAAUGAAAGCUGCAAGAAAAUGUGGGAAGAAAGUUGUUGAUAAACCACAACUAGAUAUGAUUCUGUUGGGGGUGGUGAGAAAAAGAAGAAGCCAUGUUCUAAAACCAGUCCGUUCUUAUGUUUGGGGAUCAAUGGGCUGUAUCACAAAGAUUUUUGAACAGAAUACUAGUGUUGAUGUCCCUCAAAAUGCACCUAAAAUAUCAAAAAAUGCAAGGGGUGUUCGAGUAAGUGGAAGACGGAAAAAGAAUCAGACAGCUGGGAAUUCACAAAUGUCAAAGGGAAAAACCAUUGCUUCAACAUGUACUAUUCGCCUUAAGCUUAGACUAAGCAAAGAAGUGGGUCAAAGUUGCCAACCAAAUUUUGUUACAGACAAUGGUCUUUGUAACCAUCAGGAUACUAGUAUACAACUCCCUAAAAUAAUUCAUGACAAUGAAAAUUCAAUGAAGGAAAAGGUGGAUUCUCAAUGUUGGAAUCAGUACCAGGAGAAGAUGGUAACACCAUUAGAUUCUUCUCACCUUGAUUUAUGUCUUGCUAACAAGGACUUGGAGAACUUGCUGUUUUAUCAGAUGUCUUCUGGAGUUACUACAGAUGACCAUCAAAAGGUUUCCUACCAGAGAGAGGUUAAAGGAUCAGGAACUGCAGUUGAUAGCAGGUGUUUAGAUUCAGAAACUUCACCUGAUUCAGAAGUCAUCAAUUUGAUUCCCGAAGCCCAAGUUAAUGGAAAAGGUCAAGAACACUUGGCUGAUGCUCAGAUAUACUCUCAAGAUUGUGUUGCUUCUGGAGAUGUUACAAAUUUGAAUCUGCCACAGAUGACUGCUAAGAAAGGAAAGAAAAUGGAUAGUCAUUUCAGAGUGGAAGAUGAAUCAACUAGUCCUGAAACUAUAAAUAAAGCUAAUAUAUUGGAGAAACAGGGACAUGUAGAGAGACAGGGAAAUGGAUUUUACUCUAGCGAUGCUUCUAUUUUGACUACCAUUGCAAAUAUGUCAGGAAACACAUCGAGCAGUGAGGGCUUUUUUGGUGAGACAUUGCCUUCAUCAGGAAUUUGUGAUUUUGGAGUCUCUCAUAUGAAUUGGAAAGUUGAAAAUGGAACAGAAGGAGAUCCAUGCAUCAGGCAUGGUGUAGAGUUAGAGUCACCAGAUUCACAUGUCUCUGAGAAAUUACUUCUUUAUACUAAAACUAAAGGGCAAAAGCAUUUGAAAAGCAGUUCAAAGUCAAGAGGACUGAGCAGAAUUGGGUCAGAAGUCUCUGAUUCAUCCAAGGGCCAAAGAAGAAAUGCUUGUAGACAGAAGGGAAAUCCAGUGAAGUCAGUUAAUAAGAGGAAAGUGAAAGACAAGGGUGCUUGUGAUGAGAUUCUUUACAAAGGGGAAAAUUACCUGGAAACAGGAGAUCAAUCAUCAGAUAAUCCUUGGGAAUCUAAAACUGGAAAUGGAAGUUCUAACAAGGAUAUGCUGGAGUUGGACAUGACGUCUAAAGGUGCAGGGAACCAAUAUCUAUCUCCAGGGAAUGCUUGGGUUCGAUGUGAUGAUUGCUUCAAGUGGAGGCGUAUUUCAGCUACUCUUGCAGAUUCCAUUGAAGAAACAAACUGCAAAUGGACCUGCAAGGACAAUAUGGAUAAAAGCUUUGCUGACUGCUCAAUACCUCAAGAGAAGUCAAAUUCUGAAAUUAAUGCUGAGUUGGAAAUAUCAGAUGCCUCUUGUGAGGAAGAUGCUAGUGAUCACCAUUGGUGUUCCAAGAGAAUGGAAGCAAAACAUUCAACAGUUCACCAACAAUCCUCUUGGAGGCUCAUCAACUCAAAUUUGUUUCUCCAUCGCAGCCGUAAAACUCAAACAAUCGAUGAGAUAAUGGUUUGCCACUGCAAACCGCCUCUGGAUGGCAGAAUAGGUUGUGGUGAUGGAUGCUUGAAUCGAAUGCUUAACAUUGAAUGUGUUCAAGGGACUUGUCCAUGUGGGGAACGCUGUUCGAAUCAACAGUUUCAGAAACGCCAGUAUGCCAAAUUAAAGUGGUUCCGAUGUGGGAAGAAGGGUUAUGGGCUCCAGUUACUACAAGAUAUAUCUAAAGGGCAAUUUCUUAUUGAAUAUGUUGGGGAGGUGCUUGAUAUGCUGGCUUACCAGGCACGACAAAGAGACUAUGCCUCAGAAGGUCACAAGCAUUUUUAUUUCAUGACAUUGAAUGGCAGUGAGGUAAUAGAUGCAUGUGCUAAAGGGAAUCUAGGCCGUUUCAUAAACCAUAGUUGUGAUCCAAAUUGCCGUACUGAAAAGUGGAUGGUGAAUGGAGAAGUUUGCAUUGGACUCUUUGCAUUAAGAGAUAUUAAGAAGGGUGAAGAAGUAACGUUUGAUUAUAACUAUGUACGGGUGUUUGGGGCUGCUGCAAAAAAAUGUGUCUGUGGUUCAUCUCAUUGCCGGGGCUAUAUUGGUGGUGAUCCAUUAAAAACUGAAGUAAUUGUUCAGGGUGAUUCAGAUGAAGAAUACCCUGAACCUAUAAUGGUUUAUGAAGAUGGUAAUAUUGAUGAUAACUUGAAAAUUUUAAUAUCUUCUACCAGUUCCUUUGAUGAAACAGAAAUGCAAGCUGCAGACCAUGUAUUAGGAAAUAAAGAUAAGAUGGACAAGUCUGUGUAUGCUUUUGGACAAUUGGAGAGUACCAUAGAACUGCAAACUGCAGGCAUAUGUGUAAAAGAUGAAAGUGAAACUGAGAAAUCCACAAGUGAUGUUCAGCAUGCAGAGGUUAGUACUGAAGAUUCCUUGAACAAAUCUGCAUCCACUGCAAGAUUGCAAAUGUCAUUGGAAACAUGUAACUCAAUGGAAACCUUGGCACCUUCCUCUCAACAACAAGAAACAUACUCACAUGUAGAUGAUGUCUCAAGCAAACCCAUCUCUGACACUCAGCAUGAGUUUGUUUGGAGGCCAGAGACUUCUGUGCGGAGUGUUUUCAGCAGCAAACUAUUUUCUGAUGCUAUUGAUUCUAAGAAAAAGGGUAAAUCUGAUGCAAUUGAAGACAGGCGCACCUCAAAGUCGCGUCCCCUCAUGUAUACUUCUCGCUCAUCUUCUUCAGUUAAGAAGGGGAAAUCAAGUAGUAACUUUAUGAACAGUGAAAAACCUGAUAUGAUUAACAAAUCCCAUGUGCUGCCUCACAAGUCUAAAAAGAUUGUGGAAAGUUCGCUCAGUAGUCGUUUUGAAGCUGUUGAGGAGAAACUCAAUGAGUUGCUGGAUUCUGAUGGGGGAAUAAGCAAAAGAAAAGAUGCCCCAAAAGGCUACUUGAAGCUUCUUCUUCUGACUGCAGCUUCUGGUGAUAGUGGCAAUGGUGAAGGAAUUCAAAGCAAUCGUGAUCUUUCUAUGAUCCUUGAUGCACUCUUGAAAACAAAAUCACGGAUGGUUUUGGUUGAUAUAAUCAGUAAAAAUGGUUUGCAGAUGUUACACAACAUAAUGAAGCGCUAUAGAAGGGACUUCAAUAAGAUUCCAAUUCUUCGGAAGCUUCUCAAGGUUUUGGAGUAUUUGGCAGUGAGGGGGAUACUGACCUUGGAGCAUAUUAAUGGAGGCCCCCCUUGUCCAGGGGUGGAGAGCUUUAGGGAGUCCAUUUUGAUUUUGACUGAACAUGAUGACAAACAGGUCCAUCAUAUUGCAAGAAACUUUCGAGAUAGGUGGAUUCCUAGGCCUGCCAGGAAAAUCAGCUGUAAUAGAAAUUUUGCACCACAGAGUCCUUGGUCCGAUCAAGGUGUAAAAACUUCGGGAGUGACAAAUAGCAUCAAACAACCAAUUGUUGCAACAAAUUCAGUUGAUGUUGGGCUCUUAAAUGGCUGUUCGUCAUCUUGUAGUGCUGGCUGCUCAACCAAUGGGAUAAAAAUGCGCAAGCGUAAAAGCCGAUGGGAUCAGCCCGCAGAUACAAACACAGAUAUGAAAUCUCCUCAGCAUAAGGAACCAAAGAUUCAGCCUAGUUUGUUUGAAAAAUCACUUCCAGGCUCACAACCAGAGAUUGGUGGGGUGGUAUUGGAGCAGAUAAAUGGGUUAAAUGGAGAAGACCAACGAAAUCUCUGUCAGCAUAUGGAAAAUCCAGCAGAUGAUGGUAGUCAGAAUAUGGAUGAGGAUGUUCCUCCUGGAUUUUUUCCUCGUUCUUCAUUUUCUGUUCCAUCUAGUGCAUGUCCAACUGUUAGUGACAUCCACCAAGAAAAUUGUAUCCCAGCAAUCUCUUCUUGUAAAGUGGUUAUCGGACAUCCUAAUGGAACAUUAAUCAGUCGGCAGGCUGUUUCUUAUGGCAUUCCAUUGCCUGUUGUACAACAAUUUGGUACACCUCAAGCAGAAAAUCUUGAGAGCUGGGUUGUUGCUCCUGGCAUUCCUUUCAAUCCUUUCCCACCAUUGCCUCCUUAUCCCCGUGACUGGAGAGGACCUCCACCCUGUGCGGGUAACCCAGUGACAAAGAAUAGAUCUGCAGAGAACAGUGAACGGGGCAAUCAUCACGCUGCCUUUAGUUACCCAGAUCAGAAUACAAGUACUUCUGGUCCUUGUCAAUCUUAUGUUCAAAGUCCAGGUGCAUAUAAUCAACAUGGUUUUCAACAAGCGAGGGGCAUGUAUAAUUUGGGAAGGAGGUAUUUCAGACAGCAAAAGUGGAAUAAUUCAAAACUCCCUCCUUGGCUUUGGAAAAGAAAUGGCUGCAGAUUCAUGGGAAACGAUUUAAGAAAUGGGAUGUGCAGCCCAGGUGUAAUGACUAUGGGAAAUGUGAACAUAGGUCCAAAGAGUUCAGAAGAUGUAAGCACCGGAAUGGAAAGAACUUGCAGUACUUUUACCCAGUUCCCGCAACAACAAAAUUAGUAUUGAUUUAUAGGAAAACCAAAAAUUGAGAGGAGCUUUUGAAUUUUCUUUUAUGCUUCCUUUGAUGUAAUUCAACUCAGACUCAGCUCGCCUUUUCUUUGCUUUUGCUAACCUUUUCAAGAUCGCAUGUCCGUAGUAUUUAUAGUUUCAAUGUGCUCAUUUGGAUUUGACAACCUCGACCUCAAAGAGGUAAGUGCUUUUCAUUAUGUUCAUCAUUUGAAUUGAAAAUGAAAAAAAUCUGACAAAUAAAAAACAUUGAUCGAUCCA